AACACAAAAUCAAAGUCUCAACAGCGACAACGCCGCCUCGCUUUUAGCAGUAAUCACUGAAAACGCAUAAUUAAGACACUCUACUACCUCCUCAUUUUUGUUAAUGGCUUCGCGUCGUCGUUUUGCACUCGCCAAGUUUUUUUAGACACAGUGAGUGAGUGUUUAAAUAACAACACGAGAUGCAAAGGCGAAGGAGAAGACUGGUAGUGGUACUUAGGAAGUUGAUAAUGUGCGCAGUAUGCGUAAUAUCGCUGGUGGCUCUUCUGUCCGUACACGUCCGUGUUUUUCCUUCUUCUGAAGUUUUAGACUUCUCUGACCCUUACAAACUCCCAACUGUUACUCAGCAUACAGAGCAAAGCUGGACUCAAGAGUUUCCUGCACCUCAUUUUUCCAAAGCUCCGUUACCUUCCCGCAAGUUGGAUGGUGCUAGUGGGAGUUCGGAUUUUGGCAAAUUAUGGAAGUCUCCUCCCAAUCGCGAUUACGUGCAUUGUGUAGACCCUAGCCCUAAUUAUACAUCUACUGCCCCGUCUCGUGGUUUUCUUCUGGUUCAUACAAAUGGUGGUCUCAAUCAGAUGCGCGCUGGGAUCUGUGACAUGGUAGCUGUAGCCCGUAUCAUAAAUGCUACUCUUGUAGUUCCAGAGCUUGAUAAACAAUCAUUUUGGCAAGAUUCAAGCAACUUCUCUGAUGUUUUUGAUGAAGAUUAUUUCAUUGAUGCUUUGGCUAAUGAUGUAAAAGUCAUAAAAAAGCUUCCCAAGGAAUUUGCUACAGCUGCCAUAGCAGUUAAGAAUUUUAGAAGCUGGUCUGGUAUGGAUUACUACCAGGAUGAGAUAGCUAGCAUGUGGGAGGAUUAUCAGGUUAUUCGAGCUGCCAAAUCUGACUCUCGCCUAGCAAAUAAUAAUUUACCUCCAGAUAUUCAGAAGCUCCGUUGCCGUGCUUGCUAUGAUGCUCUUCGAUUUGCAACUCAAAUUGAAGCAAUGGGAAAAUUGUUGGUGGAUCGAAUGAGAUCUUAUGGUCGUUACAUUUCUCUACAUCUUAGAUAUGAGAAGGACAUGCUUGCCUUUAGUGGAUGCACACAUGAUUUAUCAUCCAUUGAAGCUGAUGAACUACGGACAAUAAGAGAAAAUACUGCCUACUGGAAAGUGAAGGACAUUGAUUCGGAGGAACAGAGGUCCAAAGGUUAUUGCCCCUUAACACCAAAGGAGGUUGGAAUUUUUCUUACAGCUCUUGGGUACCCCUCAAACACCCCUAUAUAUAUUGCUGCUGGAGAGAUAUAUGGGGGUGAUUCUCAUAUGGCUGAUCUGCAAUCCCGCUACCCCAUAUUAAUGAAAAAGGAAAAAUUGGCAUCUGUUGAGGAGCUUCAACCAUUUGUCAAUCAUGCAUCUCAAAUGGCUGCACUUGACUACAUAGUAUCAGUCAAAAGUGAUGUGUUUAUUCCAACAUACUCUGGAAACAUGGCGAGAGCAGUUGAAGGUCAUCGUCGUUUUUUGGGACAUAGGAAAACUAUUUCUCCAGACAGGUUAGGAAAGCACUUGUUCGUCUCUUUAAUAAAAUUGAGAAGGGAACUAUGAAAGAAGGCAGAAAUUUAGCUAAUCGGAUCAUUGAAAUUCAUAAAAGACGGCAAGGAUCCCCACGAAAAAGAAAGGGCCCUAUCUCUGGAACAAAGGGCAUGGAUAGGUUUCGCUCAGAAGAAGCUUUUUAUGUGAAUCCCUUGCCGGAUUGUUUAUGUCAGAAGGAACUACCAAAUGUUAACUCAUUUUUUAAGUAGAUUAGUGGCACCUGGACAAUUCCUGCAAGAAAGAUCCCCUAGCUGGUUGGUUGGCAAUUGGAAUGGAUUAUCUGGUCUUAUAGUUUAUUCAAGACCUGCUAGCUGAUUGUGCCAUUUUAGAUGCUUGGGGUGCAGAAUGUGUAUAUCCGGAGUUUAGAUAGAUUUUGUAUAUCCAAUCAAACUAUCUGUUUUUAUAUCAAGCGAAAUGAACACAGCAUUAGAGUACUGUGUAGCGAUAGGAAUUGGAUCAUUGAAGAUAUGAUUCCAUUAAAUUACAAAGGCAAUAUUUAUAUUCUUGGUGUUGGAGAAGUUGGCUAAAUGUCAAAAGAAGGAUAAGGAAUGCAUGAUGUAAAAAUGCCUCAAGAAAUAAAGUGCUCUUACACAA